AUGAACACUACGAUUAAUACGAUAGUGGCUGCUGUUCUUGUGUGCAGUGGUAUUGGCGUUUUCGCGGCCCGCUUUUGGUUUAAUGAUAAUGUUCCUUCAGUGGAUUUUGAGAAAUGUAGGACGCACACUGGUAUCGAGAAGAACGAAUUAUAUAUUUUGAAGACGGAACAUGUAACAUCGCUCUCCGUCGCCCAGCAAAAAUUCAUGUGUUGCAUUGGGGAAAGCUUGAUUUCAAAUCAGGAGCUCCAACUAAGUAAUAUCGAAAAAAUGAUCUCUGAUCGCAAAUGGAACGUUUCUGCUGACGAAAUACCGACAAUGAUUAGCUCAUGCGAAGUAAACGGAACCAGUGCAAAACAGUUGGAUUUAUGCGGAAAAAUCGCUCCUUUCUUGCUCUGUGUCUACGAUAAAUUGGAGGAAAAAUCUGCAGAUAAUUCGCAUAAAAAACAUGUGGAGACCUGUGCGAAAAAAGCUAAUUAUAAGCUGGACGGCGCGCAGCAUCUGAGAGAUGGACCUGCAAUCACAUCAUUUUCUAGCGAGGAAAAGAAUUUCACUUGCUGCAUGGGUGAAAAAUGGAUUACAGAUGGAAAACUCAAUGUAGAAAACGUAAAAGCUUUUAUCAAUGCACACAAUUUGGGCGGCCCCAAUGUCAAUCUACCCAGUAUCAUCAAUUCUUGUGAAUCAAAUGAAGUCAACUCAAACAAUUUGGAUACAUGUGAUAAGAUUGCUCCUUUCGUUAGAUGUCUCUAUAUUACAUUGAGAAAAUCGGGCUAA